AUGGCCGCCACAUCGAUCCAGGACCGAACCUCCGAGUUCAAGUCGGUGCUCGCCCUCGCGCAGCGCAAGCAAAAUGCCAACAAACUCGGCGCGCAACGACGCUCGCUACUGACGGACUCGGAAAAGGCGGCGGCAAAUGGCGACGCAAAGGCUCGACGCUCCGACUUUGCCAGAAAGGCGGCCGAGAUUGGCCGCGGCAUCUCCUCAACCAUGGCCAAGCUAGAAAAGCUCGCGCAACUGGCCAAACGAAGAACGCUAUUCGAUGACCGUCCGGUCGAAAUCAACGAGCUCACCUUUGUCAUCAAGCAGGACCUGUCGUCUCUUAACCAACAGAUUGGGGCUUUGUCGAUGAUGUCGAAGCAGCAGCAUCCCAAGGGGGCCGAUCAGGAAGGCGAACACAACAAAAACGUUGUCUACCUGCUGCAGGGCAAGCUCACCGACGUGUCUGUCAAUUUCAAGGACGUACUGGAAGCCCGCACCAAAAACAUUCAAGCCUCGCGAUCGCGGACCGAAAACUUCAUCUCCAACGUGUCGCAGCACGCGCAGCCGUCGCUGCAGCAGUCGGCUUCACCACUCUACGGCACGCCGAACCGCGCGUCGCCGGCGCCUGGGGCCGACACGCUCUCGCUUAACCCUGUCAGCGACAACCAGAUGCUCAUGAUGGAGGAGGCGCAGCCGGCCAACACGUACAUUCAGCAGCGCGGCGAGGCGAUUGAGGCGAUUGAAAAGACGAUUGGGGAGCUGGGCAGCAUCUUUGGCCAGUUGGCGACCAUGGUGUCGGAACAGAGCGACAUGAUCCAGCGGAUAGACGCCAACACAGAGGACGUUGUGGACAAUGUCGAAGGCGCGCAGCGUGAGCUGCUCAAGUACUGGUCCAGGGUGUCGGGUAACCGCUGGUUAAUAGCGAAAAUGUUUGGCGUGUUGAUGAUUUUCUUUCUACUUUGGGUGUUGGUAUCCGGCUAG